UGCCGGGUGUGGUUGUUAGGAGCAGGCUGGUUGCUAAGGGACUGGACUCGGGAUUCUAACGGGGAAAGAAGCUGCGAAAUGGACUCCAGUGGAGACUGGGCAACCGGAGCCAGUAUUCUGGAUGAUGAGAAUGCCAGGCUCCGCCAGCUCAAGCUGCACAACCAGCGGGCCCUUCUGGAGCAGAAACAGAGGAGGAAGAGGCAGGAGGCCCACAUGGUACAGCCAAACCAAGAGUCCAGAGGACGGCGUGGAAGAGCCAAGAAGAGCGAGGAGCAAGCCCCCCUAAUGCAGUGUCAGACCCCCCGAUCUGCGCCCUCAGAUGUCGUUUUACAUGGAAUAGAUGGCCCAGCUGCGUUUCUCAGUUCUGAGAGCCAGGAUCUGGAAUAUAAAAUUCAUAUUCUAUCAGUGGGAGAAACCUGCCCUGAUGACAUUACAUCAGACAAUUCCAGGCCCAACUCCAACGAGGUGAAUGGCCGAUCUGGAUCAACUCAGGGCAAGCCCUCUUCUCCCUCAAAAGAAUGGAAAGGCAAAUCUCGAAUACCUGAGACAAAACCCCAGUCGCCUUCUAGCAAAACUCAAAGCACUUUAAAAGAAGUAAAGACCUAUACUGCUCCCCCCACCGAAUCUAUAACCAAACCUGGCUCUGAAGAGGACGAAGAGGCCCCUACAAAGCGAGAUGUGUCCAAACGUGACCUUCAAGAAAUGCUGCAGGAGAGGGGCAUUUCAGACAGUCUUAACUUUGAUGAAGAAUCUUCAGACGAGGGGGAGACGGAGUCUGGGAGCACUCGGCCUGGAUCUUCCUCCAGCAAAAAAUCCCUUACAGACUCUGCCUCUGCAGACACUGCUCCAGCAGCACCAUCUGGAGAUCCAGUGGAUGUGGGAGACCUAAAGGAGUUUGCUGUACGUUCAGCACCUCGUGGUGUCACUAUAAGGUGUCGAAUUAGCCGUGACAAGAAGGGGAUGGACCGUGGCCUGUAUCCAACCUAUUACAUGCACCUGGAGAGAGAGGACAACCGGAAAGUUUUCCUUCUUGCUGGUCGAAAGAGGAAAAAAAGCAAAACCUCCAACUACCUGAUCUCCAUCGACCCCACUGACAUGUCUCGGGAAGGCGGCAGCUUUAUAGGGAAACUCAGAUCCAACCUGAUGGGGACCAAGUUCACGGUGUAUGACAGCGGAGAGAAUCCAGCCAAGGCUCCGGGGUUAGCGGACAGCAGUAGCGUUCGGCAAGAGCUGGCGGCGGUUUGUUACGAGACCAAUGUGCUGGGCUUCAAAGGGCCGAGGAAGAUGUCCGUAUUAAUACCAGGAAUGAAUAUCAACCAUGAACGCAUUCCCUUCCAGCCACAGAAUGAGUCGGAGAGUCUUCUGUCCAGGUGGCAGACCAAGAAUCAGGAGAAUAUCAUUGAGCUGCACAAUAAAGCUCCAGUGUGGAACGACGACACGCAGUCCUACGUGCUGAACUUUCAUGGGCGCGUGACACAUGCCUCCGUCAAGAACUUCCAGAUCGUACACGACAAUGACCCUGAGUACAUUGUCAUGCAGUUUGGCCGUGUGGCGGAGGACCUCUUCACCCUGGACUACAGCUACCCACUGUGCGCCCUGCAGGCUUUCUCUGUUGCUCUCUCUAGUUUUGACAGCAAGCUGGCAUGUGAGUGAGAGGGAAGAGCCCAGCCGUGUGUAUGUGCCUGCUGCCAAGCAAUGCAUUAAACCUGUAACGCUUUGCGUCUGAGACAGGAGGAGCCACUGUGCCUUUUCACCAUCCCAAAUACGCAGCAGUUCUGGAGGCUGUCCCCCUGUCUGUCUGCUACUCGUACUGUGUAUGUAAUCAAUGUUCUGCUCAUGGAAACCGCAUGCAGAUUGUGGACUAUGAGACUGUUCCUUACAUGUAAUGUACAGUACUGUGUAUAGUGCCUGCUACCUUAUAUUAGCUUUGAGUGCAGUGCUGUGUAUAGCGGCUGCUGCCUCAUAUUC